UGUCAUAUUUCAGCGUCGCUCUGUGUUGGAUACGCAUGUAAACAUUAAGCCGGACCAGCUUCAGUUAAAUAAACUAACCCUACCAAACCUAUAAAAUAUAGAUAACUAGACCUAAUUUACAUGUAGAAUACAGAAUAAUGAGUAUAUUAAUUUACAGUCAGUUAAACUGGAGGCAGAACCCGGGUUAUUAAAUGAAUUCCUGUACUAUUCUGCGCUCAGUGUUACGAAGCUUAAAUACGAGUUGGGUUUCUAAUCAGAGGCGAUGGAUCCGGUCAGCUCCAAGCCUUUACCGAACUGCGGGUCACACGUCAAACACCACAGUCCACCACUCAGAGGCUACACUGGGGAAACUGAGAAGCCUUAAUCGACAGUUUGAUAGAAGGUUACGUUCUGUGUAUCAACGAUAUGCUGAUGGGCCUGACCAUACAGUGUUUCAGGGCUCCCAUCAUGUUUACAUUGUGGAGGGCUGUGGAAUCUACAGGAUGGGACAUACAGAGGAAGAGCAGGACAUGGUGCAGGUGUUCCACACUGACUGUGCAGGGGACGUGGAAGGGACCAUUCAGAGGGUCAGACUUUCUGCAACAGAGUCAAUUCUGGCAGCUACAGCGAAGAACAGCCACAAGGAGGAGGCCAAAUGUGUGGUGAUUCGCUUAGAUAACCAUAAUGCACCUCAGAAACCUAUGCUCAUCCUGGACAAUGUUUUCAGCUUUGAGUGGGCCUCUGAUGAUGUGCUGGUCUACACCACUCAAGAAGGGCUUCAGUGCAGACAUGUGUUCCGACUUCACCUGACUAACACUGGAAACCAAAGCGAGUUGCUUUAUGAGGAAAAAGAUCCUGAGUUCUUCGUGGAGGUCAGCCGCUCCAGAGACCAAAGGCUCCUCACAAUAAACUGCAGCAGUAAGAAGAGCUCUGAAGUCUGGUUGAUUGACAGCAAGUGUCCUUUCUCACCUCCCACACAAGUGCAGCCUCGCCAGCCUGGCCUGCUCUACCAUGUAGAGCACUCCAACAACCUGCUCUACAUUUUAGCCAACACUGGCACAGGCCAUGAGUAUCAGCUCCUGAGGGCUCCUCUCUCUUCCCCAGCCAUGCAGCACUGGAAACCCAUCUUUAGCCCUGGUCCCGGAGCAGUCAUUAAAGACAUGGAGAUGCUUCAGGACCACUGUGUGAUAACAGUGAGGGAGCCUCAGGGUCAGCUCCAGCUCCAAAGCAUUUCAUUAAAAUCACCUGAUCAUGGGACUGUUCUCCAGCUGCCUUCUUGGGCAUGUGCUGUAGAGACCCAGCGGAUUGGGACAGUGGACAAAGAUACGUUCAGCUUUCUUUUGUCCUCUCCGGUGCAUCCUCCUAUCCGUUACCAUCUAUCUCCUGCCCACCAGCGACCCCUGUCCAGAGAGCAUGCCUUUCAGCACCAGCACACUCUCCUGACUGAGUGUCACACCACACGCCUGCAGGCCGCAAGCCAGGAUGGAACCAUGGUGCCUAUGACUCUUUUCCACAUGAAAGCACUGGCUGAUCUGAGUGAAGCUCCACUGCUGGUGCACGUGUAUGGAGCGUAUGGCCUGGAUCUCAACAUGUCUUUCAGCCCAGAAAAGAGAUUGCUUUUGGAAGACAACUGGACUUUGGCAUAUUGCCACGUCAGGGGUGGUGGAGAGUGUGGCGUCUCCUGGCACCGUGCAGGCUGUUUACAGCAGAAGAUGAAAGGAGUAGAAGAUCUCAGUGCCUGUAUUCACACUCUGUUCCAGUCAGGAGUGUCUCAGCCUGCACUCACCGCCCUCACUGCUCGCAGUGCUGGAGCUGUGCUGGCCGGAGCUCUGUGCAAUAAAAACCCUCACCUCCUCACAGCCGUUCACCUGCAGGCACCUUUUGUAGAUGUUCUCGGCACCAUGCAGGACCCCUCCCUGCCACUGACUAUAGAGGAGAGAGGGGAGUGGGGUGAUCCCCUCACAAACCCACAAGACAGAGACAACAUUGCCUCAUACUGUCCCUGUCAUAACAUUGUUCCUCAGCUCUAUCCAUCCAUGCUGAUCACUGCUUACUCAGGAGACAGCAGAGUGCCUCUGUCAGGGGUGCUGAAGUAUGUGGAGAGACUCAAGAAGGCCAUUCAAACCCACACCAGCAGCAGCAGCAGGCUUCCUAUUAAAGGUAAUGUUCCCACCAUCAUGCUGGAUCUGCAGCCAGGGAAUGAUCACUUUGGUCCUGAAGACUUUGACCAGUCCGUGAGUGAGACUGCUCAACAGUUAGCAUUUUUCUACACAGUACUGGGGUUGGAAUAUAAUGGAUCUCAACAGAAAAUGAGAGGAAAAAGAAAAAGAACUAUCAAGAAUAUGACAAUACCAUGUCAGUUUCCCCAUCACGUGAUUGGUCAGAUCAACAUGCGGACAUAGGAGACAUUAAGGCACCGACUGAGAGAGGGUGGGAAGAGGGCAAAAAAAGCGACAUUGGGAAAAAACUGUCAGAGCACA